UUUAUUCGUAGGUAUUAGUGAUAACGUAUUUAUGGCGCGAAACGGUCACUCGACCGAAAUGUGAAUUCAAUUAAUAAAAUCGUCAUUUGCGAUAGCGAGCGAUUUCGUAAAAAAAAAAAUCAUUGUACAAGAAUGAUAUAAUUGUGCCUAUCUAAUCUAAUAAUGGAAAAUUCUUCAUCAAUUUCAUCGAGCCACCACCUGUGGAUAUGAAAAUUUACAAUAAUCCGAACAAUUUUAUUUGGAAUUCGAUAAACGUCCUGAUCACCGAAACUCAUCAUCAUGGCAGUCGAUCAUCGUAACGACGAUAAACCCAAAAAUGGCACCGCAGAUUACCCGAAAAAGAAUGGAAAAUCAAUGUUAAACGGAGGAGACCACGUAUCCCUAAGAGACUUGAAACUAAAUGGAAACGUAGAUCACGAUGGAAAACUCCCAACUGCCACUGUUCCAACCCACGUGGCAGUACCCCCAGAUGGAGGCUGGGGCUGGGUCGUGGUAGCAGCUUCAUUCUGUUGUAACUUAAUCGUAGACGGGAUAAUUUAUUCGUUUUCCAUGUUCCUGAAAGAAAUCACCACAACUUUUGGAGAAUCGGAAGCCAAAGUUGCACUUAUCGGAUCCUUAUUAUCGGGCUCGUAUUUGAUUGCAGGUCCUUUUGCCAGUGCCCUAGCGAACCGAUAUGGAUUCAGAUUAGUUACCAUGGUAGGAGCGGUAAUAGGCGGUUUGGCGUUUUUCCUGUCCAGUUACGCAACAAGUGUGGACUAUUUGUGCGCGACUUACGGUAUCCUCGGAGGUAUCGGCUUCGGAUUAAUAUUCGUACCGGCUGUUAUAACAAUUGGAUUUUAUUUCGAGAAAUGGAGAGCUAUGGCUACUGGAAUUGCGGUGUGUGGCUCUGGUAUUGGGACCUUUUUAAUGGCUCCUUUGUGCAAUUGGCUCAUACAGCAGCUUACUUGGAGAGGUGCUAUGGCUGUGCAAGCAGGUUUGGUACUACACUGCGCGUUAUGCGGCGCAUUAUUCCGUCCCCUGAAGCCAAUGUCUGUGAAAGUACCAGUAGACGAGAACCUCGAGACGACCAAUCAAUCUUUAAUAUUGAAAACGGAGAUUUUAAAAAAAUCCAAAGAUAAGUCCGCCUCUUUGCUAAACGUGUACGAAGAUCUUGGUAUAACCAUCGAGGACUUGAACGAUGAAAAGAAUUUAUUCAAUAAUAAUACCAAGUAUCCUACAGCUUCGGAAAUACUUCAUUUGAAUGCCAAUGGGGUACUGGAUCAUCUCACCUCGAGCCAGUCUUUGAACGAUGACAGAAGUGCGCAUAAUACGGUACUUAUCAGUGAAAAAGAUCUGGAUAAACGGAUUAAACCGUUCGCGAGCACUAAACCGUUGGAUCGAAUGGAGAGGAAUCAUUCCGAAAGUCCGGAGCUUAAAAAGCGUAACAGCGUUAUACCCGAGAUGAGGAUAUUGUUGAAUCGCAAAUACAGUUUACAGCCUUAUAAGUCCAAAUCGUUCACUGUGUCUAGUACGACUACUUUGGAUAGGACUACCUCAAUGUAUAGUAGAAGGAACAGUAAAAAUGAUAUUGGCAAUAGACCAUUGUACAGAGAUGAUAUUUUCUUCAAUUCUAAUCUUAAAAGGUUAUCACAAUACACUUCACAGUCCAGUGCUCUAGACUACACCAUGUCAGUAACUCGUCUACCAACCUACACAGACAUACUGGAGGAGAAAAAACAAAAAUGUUCCAUAUUCCCAGAAGCCAUGAGACGAACACUAGCCACCAUGUUGGACGUUUCAUUAUUAAAAUCAUUCACCUUCAAUUUACUAGCCGUCUCCGGUUUCAUUACAUCAAUGGGAAUGUACAUCCCAUUCAUGUUCAUCAAAGCUCGAGCCGAACAAGAUUAUCAUAUCGAAGAAAGCACAACUGUAUGGUUAAUUUCAGUACUCGGAAUAGCAAACACAGUUGGUCGAGUAGGAUUUGGAGUAUUGAGCAGCAUACCAAAAAUGAACGCAGUUAUUAUUAGUAAUGCAGCGUUAACUGUAUGUGGUUUAUGCACAGCGUUCAGUGGUUUUUCACAAUCUAUCCAGUACCAAUUUUUAUACGCCAGUGCUUUCGGUCUCACCAUUGCUUGCUUUUCAUCUUUACGUACUAUUAUUGUGGUGGAUUUACUGGGAUUGGAGAAACUAACCAACGCGUUCGGAUUACUAUUAUUGUUUCAAGGUGUAGCUGCCAUUAUUGGGCCUCCUAUGGCGGGAUAUUUUCAAGAGAUUACAAAAAAUUAUAAUACAUCGUUUUAUAUCUCUGGAGCAUUAAUUGUUGCAUCGGCGGUGAUGUGUUACCCGAUUGAAGCUUUAAAUAGAUGGGAGAAGAAAAGGGCGACUAAACAUGUUCAAAGUGAUGUUUGAAUUACGUUAAUCAUUGUAAAUUGAUAAUUUAUUGAAUUUUAUAUUCCACAAUCGUGUACUUUUUUUGUGUACCAAUUUUUUACCAUUUUUUAAAUUUUUUCCUUUGUUUUUUUUUGUAAUAAAAAUAUUGCGUGUU